GAAAUCCUAUUGGUCGAAAACAUGAUCAUAAAACUACCGCGAACUGAAGUCGCGUCACUUUGGUUUCCGGAGCGAGAUUCGUCACACGUCUCGUGCGUUAACCGCCUUAAUUAUAUCUUGAUCUGCUCUUAGUCAGGUACUAAAAACAUCUCAAAAUGCGUGAAUGUAUCAGUGUCCAUGUUGGCCAGGCUGGUGUCCAGAUCGGUAAUGCUUGUUGGGAAUUGUAUUGUCUAGAACAUGGUAUCCAACCUGAUGGCCAGAUGCCUAGCGACAAAACAAUUGGAGGUGGAGAUGAUUCUUUCAAUACAUUCUUCAGUGAAACUGGUGCUGGCAAGCACGUUCCCAGGGCUGUCUAUGUUGAUUUGGAACCAACUGUUGUUGAUGAAGUCCGAACGGGCACAUACAGACAACUUUUCCACCCAGAACAAUUGAUUACAGGAAAGGAAGAUGCUGCCAAUAAUUAUGCUAGGGGCCAUUAUACAAUUGGAAAGGAAAUUGUCGACCUUGUCUUGGAUCGUAUUCGAAAGUUGGCUGACCAAUGUACUGGCUUGCAAGGUUUCCUUAUCUUUCACAGUUUUGGAGGAGGAACUGGUUCUGGAUUUACCUCCCUAUUGAUGGAAAGAUUAUCUGUUGACUAUGGCAAGAAAUCAAAGUUGGAAUUUGCUAUUUAUCCUGCUCCUCAGGUAUCAACAGCUGUUGUCGAGCCUUACAAUUCUAUUCUGACUACACAUACUACUCUUGAGCAUUCCGAUUGUGCUUUCAUGGUUGACAAUGAAGCCAUUUAUGAUAUUUGUCGCCGAAAUCUUGAUAUUGAACGACCUACUUACACCAACUUAAACAGACUGAUUGGUCAAAUUGUAUCAUCCAUCACUGCGUCUCUGAGAUUCGAUGGAGCCCUCAAUGUUGAUCUAACGGAAUUCCAGACCAAUCUUGUACCUUAUCCUCGAAUCCACUUUCCUCUGGUAACUUAUGCACCUGUAAUAUCUGCCGAGAAAGCUUAUCAUGAACAAUUGACAGUUUCCGAGAUCACCAAUGCUUGUUUUGAGCCUGCUAAUCAAAUGGUCAAAUGUGAUCCUCGACAUGGAAAAUAUAUGGCCUGCUGCCUUCUGUAUCGUGGAGAUGUUGUCCCUAAAGAUGUAAAUGCUGCUAUUGCUGCUAUCAAGACCAAACGUACCAUCCAGUUUGUAGAUUGGUGUCCUACUGGUUUUAAGGUGGGUAUUAACUAUCAACCACCAACUGUUGUUCCUGGUGGAGAUCUUGCUAAAGUACAGAGAGCUGUCUGUAUGCUUUCCAAUACCACUGCUAUUGCUGAAGCAUGGGCCCGUCUUGACCACAAGUUUGACUUGAUGUAUGCCAAGAGAGCUUUUGUUCAUUGGUAUGUAGGUGAGGGUAUGGAAGAAGGCGAGUUUUCUGAAGCCAGAGAAGAUUUGGCUGCCUUGGAAAAAGAUUACGAGGAAGUAGGAAUUGAUUCUACUGAGGGUGGAGAAGAUGAAGGCGAUGAAGAAUUUUAAGAUGUUUUUGUUACCUACUUUUGUAACAAAAAACAGUGUCAUUAAAUAUACUUAAAACAUGCA